GGCUUUGAACUGCAUCCUCACCAAAGCCAUUUCUCGUGAUGCUGAACCAGCAGAAGAAAAUCAUCUUUUGCAUGGCCGGUGUGCUGAGCUUUCUCUGUGCUCUCGGAGUCGUGACAGCAGUGGGGACCCCACUGUGGAUUAAAGCCACUAUCCUCUGCAAAACAGGGGCUCUGCUUGUCAACGCCUCAGGGGAGGAGCUGACCAAGUUCAUGGGCGAGAUGCAAUAUGGGCUUUUCCACGGAGAAGGCAUAAGGCAAUGUGGGUUAGGAGCAAGGCCUUUCCGGUUCUCAUUCUUCCCAGAUUUGCUCCAAGCCAUCCCCGUGAGCAUCCACAUCAAUAUCAUUCUAUUCUCCAUGAUUCUGGUCGUCUUAACCAUGGUGGGGACAGCCUUCUUCAUGUACAAUGCUUUUGGCAAGCCCUUUGAAACGCUGCAUGGCCCACUAGGGCUAUAUCUCGUGAGUUUUAUUUCAGGCUCCUGUGGCUGUCUUGUCAUGAUAUUGUUUGCCUCUGAAGUGAAAAUCCACCGCCUGUCGGAAAACAUCGCAAACUUUAAAGAAGGGACCUAUGCUUACAAGACGCAAAAUGAAAACUAUACCACCUCGUUCUGGGUGGUCUUCAUUUGCUUUUUUGUUCACUUUUUGAAUGGGCUCCUGAUACGGCUUGCUGGAUUUCAGUUCCCAUUUGCAAAAUCUAAAGACACGGAGACUACUAAUGUGGCUUCAGACUUAAUGUACUGAAAUUUAAAUAUCUCCAUAAUUCCUCAAUAAGGGAAUGGACUCGCUUUGGCCACGUUUCAGUACGGUUAAUUUCAUCGGUGCAUUUAGACUUCUUAAGCACCAAGCCCCCGCCCCCUUCAGUUAUGUUUACAGGCUAUGUAGUAGGGAUUCCAGCUAGAAAAUAACAGAGGCAGAGGGUGGCUUCGGAAUGUUGCUUUGUCUGGUGGUUAACUGCUAGCACAGUUAGUCCACAGCAGCUGGAUAGAUGGACAGAUGUUUCCUCAUGGAGAUGUUUACUCAUGGAAGGGUGAGAUGCA